GUGUUAUGUUCUGUUAAAAUCAAAAGACGAUUCUUUCAGUCUCUUUCUCUCUAUCAACUUUCUAGAGAGAGAAAAUCGCAGCCAUGUCCUUCACCGUCAACGAAGACCACUUCGCCGCUGGCGACGACGACAGCUACUCCGGAUACGGCGGAUUCUCCAGCUACUCCGCCGAAGAUGUCCCCGUAGAUCACACAACAGCAGCGCCGGAAUCUCCGGAUGUAUUCGGAUUCAGCGAUCAGGAUCCGAGUUACGCUCAGUCUCCCUUCGAACCAGUGCAUGCGAUGGAAAACGGAAACGGUUACGGCGGUCACGAUGACGACGUUUUUGUCUCCGAUGGUCCAGUGCUUCCUCCUCCUGCUGAGAUGGAGCCGGAGGAAGGUAACGUUCUUCGGGAAUGGCGCCGUCAAAAUGCUAUUCAACUAGACGAGAAGGAGAAAAGGGAAAAAGAAAUGAGAUUAAAGAUUAUUGAGGAAGCUGAGGAUUAUAAAGUGGGUUUCUAUGAGAAAAGGAAGCUCAAUGUUGAGACAAACAAGGUUCAAAACAGAGAAAGGGAGAAGUUAUACUUGGCCAAUCAAGAGAAUUUUCACAAAGAGGCUGACAAAAAUUACUGGAAAGCAAUUGGGGAGAUAAUUCCCCGUGAGGUUGCCAACAUUGAGAAGAAAAGAGGCAAAAAGGAUCAGGAUAAGAAUCCAUCAGUUACUGUCCUCCAAGGCCCAAAGCCAGGCAAACCCACCGAUCUUUCUAGGAUGCGGCAGAUAUUGUUAAAGCUGAAACAUACGCCACCACUUCACAUGGUUCCUCCUCCUCCUGCACCUGCUAAAGACUCCAAAGAAGGUAAGGACGGAAAGGAAACAGCAACUAAACCAAAUGGAUCAGCACCUAAACCUAAUGGAUCAGCACCGGAAGUUUCACCUGAAUCACAACCAAAGGAUGCUGCCAAUAACGGUACUGCAGAUUCACCCCAGAAAGAAGCUCCUACCACUGAGGAGCAGUCUGCUGCAUAAUUCUGUGUAUCAUACUUGCGCUCUCAAUCUUUCUCCUGUUCAUUUUCCCCCUGCAUUCUUAACUUCUUUUUUUUGCAUGCUUUUAGUUUGUAUGGUCUUUUUUUUGCAUUUUAUUUCAAUCAUUAAAGGUUUUGUAUCAAUUAAAUCCAUUAUUGUCUAUUAUGACCUUGGAAAUUCAAAUGUUACAUGAUUUUAUAAUACAUUCUUUAUAAAUAACGAAGUGUGAUUUUAACUUUUUA